AUGCACGGGGGGAUGCGCAGGAGGAAACGACGAGUGUGGACACGGCGCGGGGAAGAGGAGGACGCGGAGAAGGGGAGCGGCGGAGGGGAAAGCGCAAGGGAUGCGGAUGAGCUGGGUGGCGUAUAUUUGCGGAGAGACAUGCGAGGGGGGAAGGGUAGGGGAGUGAGAGAGACAGGGAACGGAGAACGGGAGAGAGGGAAAGGCGCGGCGGGAGAGAGGGGCGGCGAGGGAGGUGCUGUAGGAGGGAGGGAUGGGAAAGAGAGCGCGAAAGAGAGGAGUGAUCGAAAAGAGGAGGGCAAAAGGGAGUUUAGAAAUGGGGUUGCUGGGUCGAGGGGGAUGGGUAACCCGAGAGGCGAGAGACGGAAUGGAAUGGCAGGAGGGGAGAAGCAAAUGGGGAGAGAAGGAGAGGGAGGGCAGGGAUUAGAAGCUUCUGAGGCGGUUGGGAUGAGAGGCAAAGGCAGAGGAACGCGAGAAGUAAAAGGGGCAGCAGGCGCAACAGACACAACAAAUGCAAGAGGGGAACGAGGGACAGAGGAGGAAGCAGAGGGAGUGAGCGGGGGGUCUGGGAGGAGUUUGGAGGCCGGGGCAGGGGAGGUGGUGGGUGCAGUGGCAGGCACCGUUUUUGAUGCUGUGAUUGGCGUUACUGACACUGUGAAGGAUGUAACUGUUAAGGUUCUCAUGUUCUCUCUCUCGCUCUCCACAGGGCUAGAACCGGCUCUAGCACCGGCGUCGCCGUACGCGCUGGUGGUGGCGAAUGUGAAUGCUUUAGUGGCGCAGCUGCUGUUUGUGUUUCUCAGUGGAGCUGUGUUUGCGAGGCUCACACAGCCCGUGGACCCGAUUCUCUGCUCCAAAGUCGCCUGCAUCACUCCUCCCUUGCAGCAGCAGCCACAGCAGCAGCAGCCACAGCAGCAGCAGCGGCAGCAGCAGAGUGUGAAGGUGCUGGGAGGUGCAGCUGGGGGAUCUGGGGGGUCUGUGCCGGCACGCUACCCUCCUGCUGCCCGCUCGCUGUCUCGCAGCAUCAGCAGCGCCAACUUCGGAGGUAGCGCAGCCUUUGCUGCCUCUAGGGUCCUCCCAGGCGCUGCUGCUGCUGCAGGCGGAGGGGUUGGGGGAGAAGGGGGUGGAGGAGGUGCGGGGGGCGUUGCAGGGGUGGGGUGGAGAGGCGGAGCGGAAGGAGCAGGGUUUGGCACGGGUGGUGGUGGGAUGGGGGUGGGGAGGGGGUGUGAGCGCAUGCUGCUGGUGCGGUAUGUGCUGGCGGGGCCACAGCCGUGCGAGCUGGUGGAUGUGAAGGUGGAGCUCACGCUCAAGCACAACACGCUGUCUUGUACGGGCCGCUUCUUCCGACAAGUCGACCACCUCAAGCUGGUGCGCUCAGAGGAUUCAUACCAGCGGUAUGGCAUGACGGUGCGGCAUGUGAUCGACGAGUCCAGCCCGCUGUAUGGCCGGUCUCGAGACGACCUCUGCCUGGUCAACGCACAGCUCAGCCUCGCUGUUAUUGGUAUGGAGCGCGCAUCCAUGCAGCCAGUCUUUCAUGUGGAGGACUACUUUGUUGCAGAUGAGGAGGUUAUAUGGAAUGCUGAUUUCGAGGAUAUGGUGUACCGCGACAAGAAUAAUAGACUACUAGUGGACCACAGGAAGAUCAGCAACUGGGUAGGGGUUGAGCUGUAA